CAACUCUUAUAAUAAUAAUAAUAAUUGUCUAUCAUUACACUUUAUAAAGUCCAUUGGAAUUAUGUUAAAUCAACAAAUUCAAUUCAUAAUUACCUUAUGUAUAUAAUGUGUAUUCUUCAUAAAUGUUUCCUAAUAGUAAUCUAUUUAUCAUUUAUUAAAGGAUUUACUAUUCAUAAUGAAUGUCUUCAAAAUGAAAAGUUAUUGAACUUAUGUGGUCGUUGCAAUAGAACAAUCGCUAAAGUAAUAAAUGAUUUAUCGGAUUUGGAUUUUCAACUGAAAUGGGAAAUAAAACUUGUCAAUGGAUGUAAAUAUACUGGCCCGCUUCGUGAUAAUUGUGCAUCGUUAUUCAGUUCAACAAUGAUUAAAAUUAUCAACAAAUUUAUAGUAAAUAUGAAACCUGACAAAGUUUGUAAGGAUAUAUUUUUAUGUUCUACAUAAGUUACGUCAUGGUACGAUCAAUUAAAUCAGUUCUAUUUUUAUCGACAACUUUCAGCCAUUUGGAAUUUUCUUUCAACAAAGUUUACUACUGAAAUAUAUAUAUAAAGUAGCAUAAAGUAUUUCUUAUUCAAUGACACUAUGGGUUAUUUUAAUUAUUUAACUAAAAUAUAUGAUACAUCUCAAUAAAAAUGUAUUUGAAUAUAAAAAUUAUUUUUAAUCAUUAGAAAAUGGGUGAAAAGUGGGAUAUACACUAUUUAAUGUCACUAAAUAUUGUGAAUUAAAAACUAGCCCUGAAAAAUAGUGUAAUGCAA